ACGCUAUCGUUUUCUAAAAUUUUAUUAAACGACGCUGGUUUAUGAACUUCACACGAGGCACGACAAUCUCUGCUGCUCGAGUCGCAACUGUCUUCCCCAGGGAGAGAGAUCCGAAUCUCGCUCCAAUUCUCUAUCGCUUACUCACGAUUUCGAAGAAUUUUGGUGGUGGAUCUUCGUCAUCUCUGCGUACCUCUCCAUUGGAUCCUUGAAACAUAGCUCUCCAUUGUUGAAUCUGCUGCCAGAUUCCUCGAUACCCUCUGUUUUGUCAUCAAAAUAAAAACGCCAGUUUAAUUACAUGGCGCCUAGAUGGAAAUGGAAAGGUGCUGAAGCAAAAGCUCUUGCAGAACCUAUUUCUAAAUCAGUCUCAGAGCUCCAGCUCUCUCUAGCCGAAACAGAGUCCUCGGGUACCUUAUCGAGUUCCAAUGUGCUUCUAGCGGUUGAGCCAGAACAAGCUGAGCUUCUUGACCGUUGUUGUUUUGGCAGACUCGUUUUAUCCGCUGAGAAAGUCAAGAAAUGGAUUCAGUUAUCUUUUGAAGAAGCUUUCUAUUUGCUCUACAAUCUCAAAUGCAUCAAAAUAUCUCUUCAAGGUCGUUGCUUGGAGAAUGAAGUAGAUACAUGGCUCUACAUGAAAUCGAAAAGACCAAACUUCCCAAUGUUUUUCAAAGCUUAUUCACAUUUACGAUCGAAGAAUUGGGUGUUGAGAUCCGGGUUGCAAUACGGUGUGGAUUUCGUGGCAUACCGUCACCAUCCAUCUCUUGUCCACUCUGAAUACUCAGUUUUGGUUCAGUCUGGUGACAGUGAUCGGUUAAGAGUGUGGUCAGAUAUCCAUUGUGCUGUUCGGUUAAGUGGAAGUGUUGCGAAAACGUUGUUGACUCUCUAUGUCAAUGGUAAGUUCAAAGGAGAGGAUUUGAAUCUACCUGUAUGUUUGGAGAACUUCACAGUGGAAGAACAGACGAUAAGUAGAUGGAGCCCAGAACUCAGUCGUGAAGAUAAUCCACAAAUUCAAAACAAAAUGUUACCAAUGUGAGUAAUUGAAAACUCUUUGACUAACCAUUCCCGGUUAAGUCAGUACUGGUUUGAAUUUUGCAUAUCAAUGUUACAUUAUUUUCUACUA